UGCCGUGUUUGUGUCAAUUAACUUAAAACGCCACUCUCUCAAGUCUGUGUGGCAUACAAUUUUAUGUUGGCAUGUGGCGCACAAUUCGUCGAAAAAAUGGAGACCGUGUUUUGACGGAAAUUAUCACUGUUAGCUAAUCAGGUGUCGCAGCUUGGGCCCACAAAAUGCCUCAGGUUUGGCGACAAUAUUUUUUCGUUCUCGUGCUUAUUUGCGAAGGACUUGUUCGAGCACAGGAAGAGAAUCGUGUGGUGUUUUCUCUGGGAACCUUCCAAAAUGUAAGCAUUCCUGAAAACGGGACUGUGCAGGCUGUGGUGUCCAGAAUUCCCGCCGAAGUUUCCUUUAUAAUACUACAGUUCCACACGCAACACCGCAAUGCUACACUCAGUUAUUCAACGGAACCCUCGUUUGGUGAGUCAGUGUCUGGUGUGGAUACAGGGCUUAUCUCCCCGCUCAGGCCCACUCAGACAGAUCUCUCCUGGUUCCUCACAUCAUCUGAUGGAGACACUCUGACAGGCACUGGAGUCAUCCUACCCUACACGGGCAGUGAUCCAGUUCCUGGGGCCUGUAAUCUGGAGUUUCCUCUGGACAUCGAUCCAAAUAUCUACUUGCGAUACAAUCUGUAUGAGACGAUUAUCACCUUUGCUCCAGCAAAUAUAGGAUAUGCACGAGGGUCCACUCCGCCUCCCUGUGAUGUAAGCACUGGUUCCAGUUCACGGUGGCGACUGGUGUAUGAUAUUUACCAGUAUUUCCUGCCUGAGAACGACCUGUCGGUGCAAAGUCUUGUCAGUGGCUUACAGAGAGUGGCCAACGUGCAGAACACAGUGGGAAAUGGGAGAAAGCUGAUGACGUUGUCAUCCAACGAUAAAACAGCAUUGUCGUUUAACUCCAUCCCAGGCCAGGGUGUGAUUUACACAGUGGUUGUGAGAGAUCCAGUGCUAAACACAUCAGCCUCUUAUGUGCCUGUCCACACCUACGCAUGCAGUUUCACUUCCACCCUGGAUGGUUGCUCCACCUUAGGGAAAAUAUCUACCAAAAUAUUUUUCACUCUUACUGGUAUUGCUGGACUUUUUGUGUGUUUCUUUGGCCACCGUUUCUUCAAAUGUGAAUUGUUUUGCAUGGGUUUUGCAUUUGGAGCGUUCUUCUUUUUUGUCCUCAUCACCAGGACCACUACUCUGAACUAUGACAUUCGACUGGUGUUGACAGCGGUUAUGGGCGUGGUCGGAGGCGUGUUGCUGGUGAUGAGCUGGUGGAGGUUUGGCUCAGUAAUGGCCUGUGUCAUAGUGGUUGGACUGAUCCUUGGCUUCCUCCUGUCCUCCAUUGUCUUCUUCACACCACUUGGUGACCUGUCUGUGUUCCGUGACGAUAUCGUGUUCUGGGUAACAUUCACCUGCAUCAUGCUCUUUGUUCCCCUGUUCUUCAUUCGCUGGCCCAGAGAGGGUAAUAUAACCACAUGUGGGGUGGUGGGGGCAUACACUGUGGUGUUGGCAGUGAAUGCAUACACCUAUACCAGCCUGUCAUACAUCACGUUGGACGUUCUCAAACGCUUUCUCAACGACAACUUCAGUCGAGCUUUCAUUGCUGUACCCCUGCAAGACAUUGAUUUCAUCAUGAUUACGGUGUGGGUGGUUCUGGGAGUCUCUGGCAUCAUACUGCAGCUGUUCCGAGAGAGGAGCCGACCGUUUUUCCCACCUAGUCCGUAUGUGAUGUGGCGUCAGGAGAGGGAGCGAAGGAAAACGAACGUUUUGGACCCGAGCCAUCACACGCCGUCCUUCCCAUCACGUCUGCUGGCUCGUGUACAUCAGCUCACACACCGCAGAGAGCCUGCUGGGGAACGCACCCCGCUCCUCCUUUAGCCCUGAACCUGUGACUGAUGACAGGGGGAGGAGGCUCCAACGACUGUGUCUGAGCCCCUCCGAGUGCAUACUAAGACACUUCCUUAUGCUGCCCUCUGCUGUUCAGGCAGAGGCACUGCAGUCUCAGGGAUGAGGCUGUUUGUGAAGUGGGAUGUAUAGACAGCAUUCAGUGGGAUUUUAACACACGCUCUCUUGCAGACGUUGCAUUGACUCAGGAUGUGUUUAUAUAAUGUAUGGGAUAGAAUGUGUGUGUGUAUGUGUAUGAGUGAAAACGCGUGCUGUUUUAAACUGUGUUUAGUGUGUGGCACAGUAUAACUACAUUGUGUCUGUUAACACCAUUCCUCAUAGACUGACUGCCGCAGUGACUAAUCACAAACUCAGGUCAGAGGUCACGUCUGCCUGAUUCUGAGGAGGUCCAGGGUUGGGAUUAUUGGUCACUUCAUUGUCCUGUGCUCUGUGUCUGUGUCCAGGGUGCCAUGCAGUCAGUACAAUGGGACAUCGACACAACUUCACUGUGUGUGACCGAGCCUGUGUCAGCUCAUUCUGAAUGACUGCUGCAGUAACACUGAUAGUGAUUCUGAUCCCUGUGCAUGUGAAUCAGUGUGGGGAGUUCAGUGAUUCUCUGAACUGCUCUGUGUGACAAAGGUCAUUUGAGAUCAUUGUCUCAACACUGCUGGUAGCCACUGAAUCAGACUGACUCUGAGGAGAUCAUGAAAACAAAGUGCUUAGGAACCCUUUUUAAAUUUCUUAAAUUUCUACUCUUUUGUCCAAAAUGAUAGCCUUUCAUAUUUUAAAAUGAAUUUUGGAUUCCAUUCUUACCAAACUACAAUUCAUUCUGAUACGAUUUGAUAUUAUGACUUUUUAUACAUCUAUGUCCCUGUUGUGGUAUCUCUGUUUGUGAACAUGAUUCUUUUCCUUGUGCCAUAUUUUCGUCACCAUAGAGAUGUUUUAAGAUAAUUCUAGAAGAGUCAUUUUACUGUAAUUCUGAAUCAUUGUUUUAGCUCCUGUCACAGUACAUGUCCUACUAAGCCUGAGACUGGCUCAUUAGAAAGAGGAAAAGUGUUGACGGAUGGAUUCUUUUUACAUUUAAGUGCCCCCUUUGCCAAAAUAUAACGUUCAGCUUCAGUGUUCAGUGAAAAGGCCGAGAGUUCUCAGAGAAAGCUUCUAACCCUCUUAACGUCCAGUCUUGUAAAUUAUUGGUCUCCUACAGCUGCUCACUAAAUGUUAAUAUGGAUAUUGAAUCAUGUUUUGGUGGCAUUACUAAAUAUUAGGUGGGUUAAUCACAAGAUGUGUAGUGUUAAAAUGAGAAGUUUGGUGGUUAGUUGAUUCCAGACCCACUCAGAAGAGCAGACUGAAUGACAGGUUGACAUUUGCUUAGUGUUACAGCCUAGAAUAUGAAUGCAGAAUUCCCUCAGGUGACUGUAGUCAUGUGAUGUGAUGCAUGUUCUUGGUAUUACUGAUUCUGGCUGAAAUUGUCUCAAAUGUUCUCGGUUGUUUGGGGGAUACUUGGACAGGAACUUUGAUGGUUGCUUGACUGGUUUAACUGGAUUAUCGUAAAAAAUGCUCUCACGCUUUAAUGGCUUCCUUAUGUUUGACCAAGUCGUUUGAUCUUUUUUUUUUUUGUUUUGUUUUUUUUAAUAAUAACCAGUUGGUAGUCUGUAAGUAAUUAGUGCAGUUUCUCAUCUUAUCCAGAUGUUUAGCACAGCUUGCAGAGACUGCUUGUUGAAAAAGCUUUUGGCAUGGAAAUGAGGCACUUUAGGAAAUACCACUGUUUUUGUCACUGAGAUUGUAUAUUUUUGCUGCUGAAAUUUGCACAUCCAGGUGUUUCUGGAAACUAUUUAAAGCUAAAUAAAAUUUGAGUGCCAUUAAUUCCCUCUAAUGAAAACUGAGAUGCACUAGAAUACAAAUUAGAUUGCCAUUUACCAUGUUUACUGUGCUCUUGUUAUAUGGAGAAUGCUGUUUUUGUUGUGUGUACAGGCAUAAUCUGAGGAACAGGGAUACUUUGAGAGUGGACCAUUAACGUGUAUAUGUGUCAGUGUAUUUCAUAUGCAGGGUAGAUGAUUUUUGGAGGACAGCAGAGAGUGAGUUUGUAUAGAAUAGGGUACAUGUGUGACUAGAGGCUUGAACUGGAUGCUGCUGUAGUUUACCAGGCUCCAAUGAAGAAGUUCUAUCCCAAAGCCCUAUACAAGUACUCUAUGAGCUUUAGCACUCAACACAAUAAUGAACACUGAAGGACAAUACCAGCAAUUAUUAGAAAUGUAUUACAUUAAAUGACUUCUUGUAUCACAGCCUUCCUUUAAUCCUUUUGAGUAUAAACAUCAUUUGUGUUUGAGAGAAUGUGCCUCUUCCCUGUCAUAUCAAACCACAUCAGUGGACCUUGUUGCCUUUUUUUUUAGACAUUGUCUUAAAUGAAUAACAUCAUGGCUUCAGUAAGA